CACAGACACACGCACACACAGUCACACUACUUGUGCUGCUGAAUGCUGAUACACAUUAUUUGUGCACCAACAAAUCUUCCCACUUUUUUCUAGUGCUGCUAAAACAAACCAUCAGAAAACAAAAACCUUAGUCCAUUCCAAGAAUUGGAUCCAUUCCGCACCGGAAACAGGGGAAAUCACCGUCACUGGUUUUCCACUUUUCCACCUAUCUCAGUUCAAUUUCCGGGAAUUUUUCAGGCUUGCAUCUUCAAGAAUUUUUUUCUUCUUCUUCUUCUUCUCUCUCCUCUGCUGGUUUUGUUUGUAAAUCAGUUGAUGUCUUGCCGUUGUUUCUGUAGCUCAUUUGGGUUGUUGUCAAUUGUGUGAUCAACUGAGUUCUUAGAAUUUUACUCUGGGUAUGAAUACAGAAUUAUUAUUGUUGAUUUGAUGAAACCUUUUUACGUGCAACAAUGGAUCCAACUGUAAGGAGCGAUUUUAGAUCAUUAAUGCCAAAGAACUGAAAGGUUGACUGGGAGCCUAACUUUGUACAGAUCAGAGAGCAGUUCCUCCGAACACAAUGUCAUCAACAUCAACAGAAGUUCCAGCGGAGCUUGCAGAGGACGUAACUGCUGAGAUACUAUCAAGAUUAUCAGUGAAGGAUCUCUUACGGUGUAAAUGCGUAAGCAAAUCAUGGAGAGCGCUGAUAUCCAGCCCCAAUUUAGCACUCACUACCUCCGGGAGAGAACGGGCAAUUGUGGGCUGUGACAAUCAAUCAAUAUCUGUUGACUCAAAAGCAAUGGCUUUUUAUUCAAUAGAUGCUGAGCUUUCUGUCGAAAAGCUUCCAUAUCCUACGGGUGAAGUUCCUUCACAUUAUGCUGAUUUCAUGUUCUUGGCUAGCUGUAAUGGUUUGAUUCUCUUCUAUGCUAGCAAAGGUAUAUAUUUAUGGAACCCAUUGACAAGCUGCUGUCGUUUACUUACUCAAUUCAGUGUUUUGGCCAGUAAACUCGAGUCAUUUUACAGCAUAGCUUCCGGGCUUUGGUUUGACAAAAUCUCUGAUGUUUAUAAAGUAGUAUUAGUGACUAGAACAGGGCGGCCUCGACCUCGUUCGUCAGGUCCUUCUGUUUGUGUUGCUAGUUUAAUGAAGAAUGAAACGAAGACCAAUAUCAAAUUUCCUUACAAACUACCCUACCUUGAGGACGAUGAAUCUUUUAUUCCCUCAUCAGGGGUUUUGGUAAUGGGACAUUUACAUUGGAUAGUGAAGCAGCAGUCUGGUAAGGCACAGCUGAUUGUCUAUUUCGAUGAGGAAACAAACCAAUUCAGAAAAUUACCAAUGCCACAGGAAGAUGAAUAUGAGGAUGGAGGCUCUAGGUACUACUAUUUUGGACUUACUGUUUUACAUGGAUGUCUUUGCAUGUCUAAAGCAGUCAAGAUGAGCUCUGAAUUCGUAGACAUAGAUUUCGCUGAUAACGAUGUUCUCAUCAUGAGAGACUAUGGUAUGAAGCAUUCUUGGACAAAGAUGUUUACCAUUCAAGGGCUUAUGGUGCCCCUUCACACUAGAAUCUCUAGUAAUCUUGUUCUGGUUUCAAGGUUGAGCCAUUUUUAUGUAUAUGACUUGGAAAAGAAAUACAGCCAGAAACUUACAGUCCAACCUUAUUACAACAACAACUUGAGAAACAAGGAUGGUGGAAAAGCUAACUCGGAACCAGUUACCCCCAACAUUAUUGUUGGUCCUCUAUCGUUCGUGGAAAGUUUGGCAUCAGUGGAUUCGAUGUAGCUGCAGUGCAAGAAGUUUUUCGGAUUCAAAAAACAGCAUACAUAUAUGAGUCAAAUUCAGAUCAUCCUCAUUUGGUCUUUUGGUGCAUCACAUUUUACUCUUGGAGAAAGUGGAUUUCGGCUCUAAAUAACACUCAAUUGGAAUCAACGGCAGAAUACUGCAGGAUUUAAAUGGCGGGAAGAAAACGUUUCAAGAAAAUGUUAAAAGCCAUUUCUUUAAAAUUCGUCCUUUCGGACAAGUGUUUUUUCGUCCCUUAUACUACCUUUUAAGUAUCUUUAUUUUAGUAAAUUGUUUGCAGUUUUCAUCUUUCAUAGUCUUGCAAUUGUUUUCCGUAAAAAAAAAAAAAAUCAACAUCGUCUUUGAUAAUAGCCAGCAUGCCCCUUGAAUGAAAUCAUAUAAUCAACUCUCAACAGAGACACUGUAACACAAAGUAAGUUGAAAUACA